AUGACUGAAGAUGUCCCGGUCUGUGCCGCCGCCUUACUACUUGAUCCUUCUAAGCGACUAGCAUAUAUCCAGCAAAACUGGCCCCGAGACUGGCAUGAGGCAGCUAUUGCUGGUGCUCGGGACAUUUGGAUGACAGAGUAUCAGGGGCUUGCCAUCUUAAAGGAACCAGAACGUCGUCCUGCACCGCUACCCUCGGAGCAGAAUGGUCAGUUAUCGUUUCUUUUCAGGUCAAUUGAGGUGAAGCAGAAGGCAAUUUUUACCGAUUCAGAUAAUCUGUAUUCCUUUAUCAACGCUUUAACUCUUGAAAUCGACUGUACUCCUCUUGAGUGGUGGUUUCGUCUUGAGCAUCGGGCACAGUAUCCACGGCUCAGUCGUAUGGCUAUCGAUAUCCUUUCCAUCCCAUCUGAAUCAGCUGAGCCGGAGAGAGUAUUCCCAGGUGCUCGACGUUACUUCUUCGUGGGGCCGGCUUCGAAUCACUUGCAAGAAUCUUGA